GUCUGUGGUCAAUGUUAUGUGACUCAGAGAAGUAUUUUUUAUCGGACGAUAGUACUUUUAUUUGUACGUAAAACAAUUUGCCGAAAUUAAUUACACAAACAUUGUUUAUUUUUACACGGAGGGCGGAAGGUGCACGAGUGCGAAAUGUUUCCGCCGACGCGCAUUCGGAGCUGCCUUCCCGUGAUCAAUCCAAUGUUCAGACGGAUGAGACCACACAAGCCCUUCCGACAAACCAUCCACAAUCAAACAAAGAACGUCCACAACGGGUUCAACACAACCAACCUUCAAAAGACGAAAUGGAUGAACUUCCGAGCGAUAUUCACACGAUGGAUGCCUUUAGGGAGUGUUAUUUACGUUGGCUGGUGUUACAUUCGCGCGAGUGUGAAUUACGAGCUAUCAAAAGUGGAGAUAAAAUUUUACGAGAUGUUCCCUUUUCGAAUUACUAGCAGAUUGUGGGGGAAGUUGGCGUCGUGCGAGCUCCCGAUUCCUAUACGCAGCUUCGUCUAUGGUACGUACAUUAGAAUGUUUAAUGUGAAUAUCAAUGAUGCAGCAGUAACAGAUCUCACGUAUUACAAAAGUUUGUCAGCUUUCUUCACCCGUGCGUUGAGGGACGGAGCACGAUACAUAUCGCCCGCGGCUUGCGUCUCUCCGUGCGACGGUGUAGUCCUAAACUGUGGACCAGCGGACACAGACAAGAUAGAGCAAGUCAAGGGGGUCACAUAUAGCCUCGAAGAGUUUUUAGGCGAGAACAAAUGGUCGAAAACCAAAGACAUAAGCUAUUACAAUUCACUAUUAAAAAACAAAAAUAAUAUCCUCCACCAGUGUAUUAUAUAUUUAGCUCCCGGAGAUUACCAUAGAUUUCAUUCUCCGUGUGAUUGGACAUCAAACUUUAGAAGACAUUUCUCUGGUAAACUGUUGUCGGUUAAUCCAUGGCUGGCGCGGUUAAUUCCUGGCUUGUUCACUAUUAAUGAACGAGCAGUGUAUAUUGGGGAAUGGAAGCAUGGAUUCUUCUCUAUGACCGCUGUUGGGGCAACAAACGUAGGUUCCAUAGAGAUUUAUAGUGACCCGCACUUGCGAACGAAUACAAAAGGUAAACGGAAUCGUAUUGACGAACUGGAGAUGCAUAAAGCGACAUUUAAAAAAGGCGAGUUGUUUGGACAGUUUAACAUGGGUAGUACAAUCAUUCUGCUAUUUGAAGCACCUGCAGAUUUUAAAUUCGAAUUAAACGCUGGAGAGAGAGUGCUUGUUGGACAAGCUUUAACAACAGCUACAAAGGAGUUUUCUAGAUGACCGAUUUAUGAUGAAUUAUUUUACAUGGCGCAGGCUGCUAUUGUGUUUUAUGUAAUUUUGCUGACGCUAUAAUAUGUUUAUUAGUCUUAAUUUAAAACUGUGAAAUAUUGCAAUGACUUCUUGCCAUAUAGUUUGUAAACAAAAGGUCACAACUCAGAAAUCAUUAAAAUCAAUUUUGUUUUAAAAGCAAUUUUUACAGCAAUUGUAACUUGUAAUGAUUUUGUUAAAGCCAACUUCAUUCUUCAAUGAAGAGUUCAUUCUACAAAUACGAGUGGCAAUUUUGCAACCAAGUUAAGAUUGCAAAUAUAAUUAUGAUUAUGAGUUUAUAAGUGCAGUCAACUUGUAUAACCCCAAAUAUUCCUUUAAAAUGUUUAUCAUUUGCUUGUAUGCCUGCAAUUAUCAGCUGACAGACGAGUUAUGUAAUACAGCAAGACAGUGUUGCAUAACCAAAGUGACCUAACCCAAAAACUUAUGAUUUUUUUUUUUGAUUCAUAUGAUGUAUUAAACUUAAUUGAAAUUUUACUAAAAAGUGCUUAAAUAUUACAAUAAAUUUUACAUUUUACACAAAAAAAACCAUUUCCGUAAUAUAUCGUAAUAUGUUAUAAUUUUGAUUGGUUGAAGUUCUUCCAUUGACUAAAAUAUAGUUUUAGCAAAAGUAAACAAAAACUUUACUAGCAAUGAUCUAGUAUUGUUGAAUUCUUGCCAAUUUUAAUAUAUAAAUACAGAAUUAUAAUUAUGUUCAGUCAUGAUCAGAGGUGUGCAAGAUAUUAAACCAGUGUAGGCAUGAAGUAGAAUUAUAGUAGGUAAUACUGAAACAGGUAAUUUUUACAUUUUUCAUUUCUGGAAUUGGAUUGAAGCCUUUCUUUGGAAAUAAGGGCCUAAGUACUGCAGUCACAAAGCACUUUACUUGUUAGUAUCGAAUUUUGACGAGCCUUUUAAUCUACAACAUCUAAUGGCUGUUCAUAAUUUUUGGGUAUGCUUAUGUAUUUUUUUACUCUUUAUAUUUGAUUUAGUGGUAUAUAAAUUUAGAUUGCAUCAAGGAUAUUUCCAAUCCUCAAGGAUUAUAUAAUGAUUUAUUUAUUUAAAUAAAUAAAUCAUUAUAUAAUCAUGAUGAACUUCCGCAAAGUAACGCCUGCUUCUAUCCAAAUCCUCAAGGAUUUUAUUUGUAAAAUAAAACCCCAGUACUUCCAAUCUAUUCUCUAGUUCUUUGGGUAUUAUUAGAAGAGAUACAGAAUAAAUUUUCAGCUUGCCUCGCCAAAUACCCCAAAAUGUCAACCAGUUAUAGUCAUUAGUCAAACUGGAAGUUACAAAUUGUUAGUUUUUAAAAUUAAAAAAUAUUUAGGUUGGGUUGUUUUUUAACAUGAUAUUAUAUAUUAUUAUAUAUAUAUGAUAUGCAAGCUAAUGUUUAUCUGAAAAUAUUAAGGUGGGGUUUUAUGUGAUUUUUAUCCUAACAAAAUGUAAAUUUGGCUUUAAUAUAUUAUUGUAACUAAGAGUAAUGCUGUAUAUUAGAUUGGUUUGAAGUUGUGUAGAUGUGGUGUGGUUUAUUAUUUUAAAAAAUCAAUAUAUGGAUUGUUUAAUUUUGACUAGAGUGACUUUUACUAUAUAAGUACAGAAAAAUGACAAAAAAAAAAGUUUUUGAGUUUAAAAAUUUUGUAUUUUAUUGUAUGAAUAUAUUUGAUGUGUAUAAUCGUUGCUUUUUAGCUAUAUUAAAAUAGAAUAAGUUAGAUGUUUUGUUAGUUUGAAAAUAUAUUUUAAUAUAUUAACUUUAGAAAUGUUGUUUGACAACAUAUACCACCGAAUGUAUUGUCAUGGUAUGUCAUAAAAGUUGAAACUGUAUAUUUGAAGCGUACACAAUGUAUAAACUAAAUUACUGUUUUGAGGUACUUUCCUUGUGAAUUGUGUGUAUUUGUGCUUCUAUUCCCAUUAACGGUUUUCCUUUAUGUAUAGCAUUAAGUUGACACAUACAUUGUGUAUAUAGCUUAAUAGUUCUUCUGUUAUUUAUACCAUAUUGCUCAUAUCUAUACACGGUAGUAGGGUCUUUUCCUUCCAACUUGCAAAAUGGUAAAAAUAAGAGCAUCUUCUGUGAAAUUCAGCCCUCAUUCGCCUGAGAGCUUUUUUAACGGACGUUAAAAAAGCGUUCAAAUACAACAAAUGCAUUCCCAAAUAUAUGUUCACGACACCUGCAACACGACAAACACGACGCUUUUUUUCAAGUAGUGUUACAUUUUCGAUUUUAUGCGUUUAAAAUGGACCUUCAUUUAACUUAUUUGAACGCUUUUUUGACGUCAAUUAAAAAAACUCUUGUGCAAAUGAGGGCUUAGACUUUGAAUGAGUGUGACAUUGGGAUUGGGUAGGGUGAUGCGCUUACCCGCAAGUUUUACUAAACUGUGUUCGUUUUUACGAUGAUGUAUAGUUUCAACUGCUUGGCCUAAACUGCUAUAUUAUGCGUCUUGACUGUUUGUCUUUGUUGAAAAUUAGUAUACUAUAUUAUUUUCCCUUCCAUUCGCACUUGGGUUUAUAGAGUUUUGAGCAACUAAGAUAGUGAUAUGUAGUAUAAUAUGUUGUAUAUUUAUUUGUGUUAAAAUAAAAUAUAUUCAAGCAUUGGCGUAGCGAGGUAAGGGCGGGGGACUGCCCCUUCUUGGUUUUUCGCUGUGUGACCUUAGUGACCUUAGUUUCUGUAUCGGCCGUAAAACUAGUCUCGGUCGGACAAUAUCAAUUUGUGAUGUGAAAUACUCAAUUUAAGUAUAGCUGCCCCCCCUCCCCCCAGAUAGAAUCCUGGCUACGCCCAUGUAUUCAAGGCGCAUUGUAUUAAAGUAAUAAGGUAGUAUUAAAUAUUGAAACUGUGGAGGGCAAAAGUAAAGAGAUAAUCAUGUGGGGUACAAACUAAAAAAGUGUCCACUUGUAAAAGAUAAAUUUUAGUCCAUGACCCAACGAAAAAAUAGCGCUAGAUAAUAAAUUGUAGAUCGGGUGAUACUGGGAGAAUAUUUAAUCUUUUUAAUGAUAAUUAAUGAAUUAUGUGAUUCAAAACUUAUAUAAUUUCUUAAACCUAAAUAAAUGUAACAGUUAAAAAACGUAAUUAUAAACUGAAUUCAAAACUACAAAAAGGAGUAGUAGUAAAUAUGACAACAUUUUGUUUACAAACAGACAAUAUUUGUUCAAAUCUUGUUAGCUGCCACUGACAAAUUAUACUAGACUAACAAUUUUUUUCAAGUCUUUUAAAAGCAAACUUAUCGUUCACUUUGUAAUGUUCUUUCGUUCUGAGUAGAUUCUUCUUCUAUUUAUUCAUAACGCAUUUUGACGGACACUUUUAAUACUAUCUCUGUAUGAACUUACAUCUUCCCUCCAUACCAUAAGACAUACUCGUAAUAGAAAAUUCGAAUAUAUUCGUAUAUCCGAUCCCAGUUCUAUUGUAAAUAAUUAGUUUCUCAUAAAAACUAUUACAAUGUAUUAGCCAAAUAUUUAUUUACAUGGAUUUAAUUUAGUUUCAUUUUAGAGAACUAAUCGUGAACUUUGUGAGCUCAUACAAUAUAAAUAAUGUAUAGCAGAUAAUAAUGAAUAGAUUCUAGAACAAAGCUGCGGAUCGAAACAAGUGUGAAAGUCAAAUUUUGUGAUCAUUAAGCAUUUACCUACUUUUAAAUUCGACCGUAGUUAGUUAAAAAUCAAAUAAUUGUAACCAUAAUUAGCAAUUUUGGUCACGUGACAUCUGUGAGUUGUGACGUCACAUUUUAAACAAAGUUAUUUACGACGCUCUAAGGCUGGUUUUAGAGUCACGCUGACCUUCGGCGCGCAUCAGCACGCGCUGAUAGCUACGCGUUAUUCUGAAACGCUCCCUAGGAGUUCAUACAUUUCGUCUGUCAGCGCCGACGGUCAUCUUGUCAGCGCGAUUUGAAAACCAGCCUAACUCUUGCCUAUAUGCCUGUUACAUUACCUAAAUGUGAUUAAAUUAUGUCAUAACUGAUACAUGUUACGUAGUCAGCUUUUUCGAUUUUUGGAAGUCAAAAAAAUAUCUAAAAUUUAUUGUUUUCAAGAUAGCAAGCUUAAUCUGAAAUAUUAGUUGCAAAAAUAAAGCUAAGGUAAUAUUUUGCCUUAUAAGAAUAAGAUAGCUUAUAAAUUAUUUAUUUAUUUAUGUAUAUAAGCUAUCAUAACCAACCUCAGACUAAAUACAUAAGGACUAGUAUCGCACCCAAAUUCACGAACAAAAUUUUCUGCCAUUUUCUAAGGAAAACGAGCUUAGAUUUCAUACAUAUCUUAUACUAAACUAGCAGUUUUUGUUCGUUUUUUACACCAUUUAACUACACAAGAAGGUAUUUUUACGGAGGUUUUUAACCGACGGACACGAUUGUAAACUAUGAAACAUCGAUUCUAUAAAGACAGUGUUUAUAAUCGCAUAAGAUCGUUGAUCAUAUACUUUGACAGAAAAAUAAUGUCUUGCGAGGCAGGUCUUUAUCUAAUUAGUCUGAGUAACCAACACAUUUCAUAUUUUAUCAUCACGCCUGUCAAACAUCCAAUUAUAAUAAUCAUAAUGACCUACAACAUUGUUGAUGAAACUUGGUAUCAUGAAAUUUACAAACUUGACUUAGGCCACUUCUGUUUCGAGCCAGCAGCGAUAGCAAAUGUGUGUGAUCAAAGAAAUAUUGUGUACAAAUAGUGAUAAUAAUGAUUGAUGCAAGAAGCAUGUAAAAUUGUUUUUAUAAACCAAAAUGAUGAUGAAUUCCAAAUUGAACUAUGUAUAAGGUUAGAGGCAAGGGCGAAAAAUUAAUGUCCAACUCUAUAGGUAACUCGAUGGUAUUGUUUAUCAAGAAACAAAUUAAUAAGUAAUGUUAACCUUGCAUGCAUAGAUGCGUCCUUACCUCUACAUUUAAUAUGAUCAAAAGAAAUAGAAGUUUAGUUUUUGUUAUAUAUGAUAUAGUCUGACCAGUGCAUAGAACGUCAACUACAUAUUUCAUGAACAGAAAGGACAUUUUUGAGGCAUAGUUGAAAUAUCUUUUUCUUCUUCUUUAUUUUUUUUUUUUACAUUGGGCUUGACUACAAUCAAAUAUGUAUUUAUGAUUAUGAUGUAUUUUUUUCAAAACUUUUGUACUGUAGUAUUUUUUUGGGAGCCACCACCAGUGGGAAGCACCGAAAUUUUAUGAGAUUGUAUUACACCUCACUAUUUUUUGCUUUUACAUAAGGUCCUGUAUUGUGGUGGACCCGUCAUUGAUACGACUCAUAUAACGGUAGAGGUCUAAGAUGAAGCUUCUAAUUUGGAUUCUACUAUUACUUUUAUGUUUUACUGACCGAAUUAAGAAUUAUUAUCUUUCUUUCCAAAGCAAAUACAGAGAGCGAUAUUUUCAGUUGGCCCGCUAUUCAGCGUUUGUAGAUAUUUUUUUCGUUUCGAGAUCUGUCUUGGUGCGUGUCACAGGUCUACAGAAAAAGGAAACUACUGAAACGGAAAAAGAACUAUAGUCUGGCAAGUUCGUUGAUUACACCCCCAUGUAUGCGGGCGACGGGGGGAAGGACUGCGCGGGUGUGAAAUCGUGCGUGCGGGGAAGUAACAUGCAUCAGUCGUGGGUUUUUCAAUCAUCGCUACACGCCCCCGCCCCGCGCGUACUAUCGGGAGUGUUACGAACGAAGUUGCCAACCUAAAAUUUCUUCCAAUAUAAAACUAAGCAUAGACUAUCAAGAAAUACUUGUGACGUCAAUGUGUCACUCUCAAAGUUUUUUGUUUUAUUGUUUGGCUAAUGAAAGUACAGACUGAAUUCGACAAAAUGGAUGGCGUCCCUAAAACAGUGCAAAUAUUUAAAUAACUCAAGUUUGAUAAUUGCAAUUUACUUUUAUUUCAAUAAUGUCGUAAAGUUUUCACACAUACGUUUUUUUUGCUAUAGAUUAGUAGAUAUUUAUUUUUAAUUUGCCAGGCAAUUUCAGUCUACUUUCAAUAACCAAACUCUAUAUACAAAGUGUUAAGUUAUGGUAUUCACUAUUAUUGACGUAUGCUAGUUGACAUAAACGAAAGUGAGAUACUAUGUAAGUUGUAACAAAUGUCAUCCGGUGCCUACUGUGAUUAUCAUACAGUAGGAAGAUGACAUUUCUCAAAUUGAUUUGAUGUUUAUUUUAAUAGGUUGAUAAUAAUGACCUUAAUAGUGAAUAGAUCAGUUGGUCAGGCUAUAAAUAAGAUACUCGCAAUUAAUUUUACAUUAUGUGUGAAUAGAAAACAAUUUUUACUUUAUACCCCCAUAAGUAUUAUGUAAACAAGACAAAAAUAAAAGAUUUAAAAUAUU